GCAUUACUUCGUCGAGACUCGAGAAAUCAAACCGAAACAGAUCACCAAAGGAGGGAGAGAGAGAGAGAGAGAGAGAGAGUCGUUCACGAAUCUACGCUGUAGUCGGAGCCCCAUUUCUCGUAGAUUUUCUCCCUCCAUUUUUGCUCAACGCAAAAUCCAUCUUCCCCAAAUCCAAUUCACUCUUCCAAAUCCAGUUCACCUAUACAUGCGUAUACUAUUAUUCCUACACGAUCGAUCUCUCUUUUACUUGAAUCUCAGAGGCUCUGUUCAACCACCGGAUGUUAUACCGACUUGCAUCGUGAUCCAUCGAGACUACGUUAGGGUUUAGGAACUGACUCUUAGGUAUAGAAUUGGGAUAGGAAUCAUGCUGUCGAAUCAAUUUCAGAACGGAAUCGAGACGACAAAGCUCGCGUGGGCCCGGCUGCCGAACACGGAGGACGGCGAGGGGGACGAGGUCGUCGGGGUGUCGAGGAAGAACGAUGGAGCCCGAGUCGAGAGCCUGGAUUACGAAGUCGUUGAGAAUCACGCGUACCGGGAAGAACAGGCACAAAGAGGAAAGCUUUAUGUUGGAUAUUAUGUUGGCGUGAAAUGGUUCUUUGCGUUGCUUAUUGGCGUAGGAACUGGGUUAGCUGCUGUCUUCAUCAACAUUUCUGUUGAAAACUUUGCUGGAUGGAAGUUCUCACUGACUUUUUCUGUAAUUCAAAAAUCAUACGUCGCUGGAUUUCUUCUGUAUAUAUUGAUCAACUUGGUUUUAGUCUUCUCUUCGGCAUUUAUAAUCACCAAUUUUGCACCAGCAGCAGCAGGAUCUGGUAUUCCUGAGAUUAAGGGUUAUUUGAAUGGAGUUGAUACCCACGGUAUUCUUCUUUUCAGAACCUUGAUUGGAAAGAUAUUUGGAAGUAUUGGUUCGGUAGGAGGUGGCCUGGCCCUUGGCAAAGAAGGUCCUCUUGUACACACUGGUGCUUGUAUUGCUUCACUCCUUGGACAAGGUGGAUCAACAAAAUAUCAUCUAAGUUCCAGGUGGCUACAAUUUUUCAACAGUGACCGGGAUCGACGUGAUCUUGUAACCUGUGGAUGUGCAGCUGGAGUUGCUGCUGCUUUCAGAGCUCCAGUUGGUGGAGUGUUAUUUGCAUUGGAAGAAGUUACAUCAUGGUGGAGGAGCCAACUUAUGUGGCGUGUAUUUUUCACUUCUGCCAUAGUGGCUGUUGUGGUGCGUAUUGCUAUGGGAUGGUGUAAGAGUGGAAAAUGUGGACAUUUUGGAUCUGGUGGUUUCAUAAUAUGGGACAUCUCAGGUGGGCAGGAGGAUUACUCAUUCGAGGAGUUAUUACCAAUGGCAUUUAUUGGGGUCAUAGGCGGUCUUCUUGGAGCCUUAUUCAAUCAGCUUACACGUUAUAUUACCUAUUGGCGCCGAAAUUACCUACACAAGAAAGGAAACCGGUUCAAAAUUAUUGAAGUGUGUCUCAUCUCCGUGAUUACAUCUGUCAUUUCAUUUGGAUUACCCCUUUUUAGAAAAUGUAGUCCCUGCCCUGAAGCAGACCCUAAUUUUCCUAUUGCAUGCCCUCGGCCUCCUGGAAUGUAUGGGAAUUAUGUUAAUUUUUACUGUGGCAAGGACAAGGAAUACAAUGAUCUUGCAACUAUCUUCUUUAACACUCAGGAUGAUGCCAUACGAAAUUUGUUUAGUGCGAAAACAAUUCAUGAAUACAGCGCCCAAAGCCUGUUGACCUUUCUGGUAAUGUUUUAUACCUUAGCAGUGGUGACAUUUGGAACUGCUGUUCCGGCUGGUCAAUUUGUUCCUGGAAUUAUGAUUGGAUCAACAUAUGGACGUCUUGUAGGCAUGUUUGUUGUCAGCUUUUACAAGAAGCUUAACAUUGAAGAGGGAACAUAUGCUUUGCUAGGAGCUGCUUCAUUCCUUGGAGGUUCGAUGAGGAUGACGGUCUCACUUUGCGUUAUUAUGGUUGAAAUUACAAAUAACUUGAAGCUGCUACCUCUAAUCAUGCUCGUGCUUCUUAUAUCAAAGGCUGUUGGUGAUGCUUUCAAUGAAGGUCUGUACGAAGAACAGGCUCGUUUGAGGGGCAUUCCGUUACUUGAAUCAAGGCCUAAAUAUGAAAUGCGGAAAAUGCAGGCAAAGGAAGCAUGUGGGAAUCGAAAGGUUGUCUACUUCCCUCGUGUUAUUAAGGUUGCUGAUGUAGUUUCUAGUUUGAAAAGCAACAAUCAUAAUGGAUUCCCUGUGAUAGAUCACACAAGAAGUGGAGAAACACUUGUUAUCGGACUAGUGCUUCGGAGUCAUUUAUUGGUACUUCUACAAUCUAAGGUAGAUUUUCAGCACAGUCCGUUGCCCUGUGAUACCGGAGGUGGUUCUUUGCCGAUCAGGCACAAUUUCAGUGAAUUUGUCAAACCUGCUUCGAGCAAAGGGAUAUCUAUACAUGAUAUUCAUCUAGGUCCAGAUGACUUGGAAAUGUACAUAGAUCUUGCACCAUUUGUAAACCGCUCCCCAUACAUUGUCCCAGAAGACAUGUCUUUGACAAAGGUUUAUAAUCUUUUCCGUCAACUAGGAUUAAGGCAUAUAUUUGUCGUUCCACGUGCUUCCCGCGUUAUCGGGAUGAUUACCAGAAAGGAUUUGUUAAUUGAGGAGACUGAGGAUCCGGCUACAGUGGAGCUUCAAUCGACAAGUGUAAGAGAUCGGCUUCAUAACAUAAGACAUGGCACGAGGAAUGGAGAGGCAGAGAUCCCGCUACUCAAUGGUCUUCUGGCUCAAUAACAUUCCUCCGGUUGACGACGUCGUCUGAGCUUUCCCUGAAGAGUAAUUUUUCCCCUCUGCUUCCGCUGUUUCAUUCAUUAGUAGGUAGCUGAUUCUUUAUCCAGUAGUUUAUCCCUAAAUGCUGGGGCUUAGAAAUUGUAUCAUCUUCGUAGAGUUAGAGGGCUCUUGGUACCUUUAGUGUAAAUGGAUCUCACACAUGGCCUAUAUACUUAAUUUUUAUACAUUCACAUAUAAUGGGGAAAAUGAUGUAGAUAGUAGAGUCCUUUGAGGGAGUUUGUACAAUUAAAAUGAGGCCUUUAAUACCAACAGGGGGACUCCUUGCAUUUUGGACUAAUAAAUACUACAGGCACAUUUUGUUCCCCC